GUCACUAGGAUUCCCUAGCAACAACGGAAACAGAUACGAAUAGUUCGAGCGAGUUGUUUAUCUAGGAAAUAUGACUGAAACAGCGAGCCAUCAACUUGAAGUUGCGCAGAGUAUUCCUAACAACGCUACCGGAGAGACAAACUUCCAAACAUCAGGUGCGAAGACAUCCGAUUUCUAUAGGACAAAAGAAAUUCCAGCUAGAUUCGAACACCCGGGUAAUUUUAACUUUCUAUCCCAAACAGGAAAAUGUUAUCUAUCCGGAAAUCCUGUAUUUUCGUGUACACUCCCAGUCGAGUCCGAGCAGACUCCUCAUUCAUCUGAUGACGAUUGGUUUCGAGGAUACGAGUCGAAAACAGUUAAUCCGAUGUAUCGAACAACAAACAGUUCUUAUGGCUCUAAUCCUCCAAAUGUUCACACCAUGCCUACAACCUUUAGAGCCAAGUCCCAAAAAUUUUCGAAGCAUUUGGGCCAAUGCGGAAUGUACAAGAACCACUCAUUGAAUACUAGCAUGGACAAGAGUAAUGUACCAGAAUAUUAG